AUGGAUCUCAGUGCUGACUCUGGGACACUCCCCACCCACAACACUGUAAGAGGACCUGUGUUGGAGCAGGAGCUGUCUCUGUCCAGCGCUCGCUGUCAAACAGAAAGUGGAGACACCAUCUCACUACAGUUGUUGGAAUUUAAAACCCAUCUACUUGAGGCUGUGGAGGAGCUGCAUAUCCGGAGGGAUGCAGAGACACGCUUUGAGGAUCAGAUCAGCAAACUGGUGUUGGAGAAACAGGAGCUGGAGUGGGAGAAGGAAUCCCUACAAAAUCAGAUUGAAACGGCGGCAAACCAGCACAGAGAGUCGCUCGCCAGUGUGAAGAAGCAGCUUCAGGCCAAAAUAAGAAAUACUGAGGAGGAGAAGGGGAAAUACCAGGUCAGCGCGGAGUUAAAAGACAAGGAGAUUAACAACUUGAAAGAAGAACUAAAGUCACUACAGUUACUGAAGUACAACUUGGAGAAGAAAUCAAAUGAGCUGGAACUGAAGUUAGCCUUGCAGAGCCGGUCAAAGGACAGUCACUUGAAUCAGUUGGCGGAGGCUGAGAAACGUUUCAGUGCUCUGUCCAGACAGUGUGCCGUGUUCAAGCAGGCCCACGAGAAACUCGAGCAAAAUGUUGAUGAGGCCAUGAAAAUAAAUAAGAAACUGACUAUCGCAAACGAAAAACAAGAAGCAACCAUUGUUUCUCUAAAGAAGGAGUUGGAGGUGGUCAGUAACAAGCUGAUCAAGGCCAAGUUGUCAUCAGUUUUAGACAACAAGGCCCAUAGUCCUACAGGCAGAGAGCAGCGUUUACAGCAGCUGCACCAGAAACUGAACAUGGAAACUGAAAUGAACAAGAAACUCAGGGAGGAGAAUGAAGCUGUAAGAGCAGAAAAGCAGGAAGUGAUGAGGUCUCUGCAGCAAACCCAGCAGCUGCUGUUGAGUCAGACACAGACAGUGAGCGGAGUAGAGCUGGAGCUGCAGACACACAGAGAGCAGUACCAGGCCCUUAAGCAGGAACACAGGGUGAUGCGAGAGAAAAGCAAAGCAAUGGAAGACAAGGUGGCUGGCCUGAUGGAGAGCUUCACUGCAUCCAAGAUCAGCUGGGACAAAGAGAAGGCAAUGUUUCUGGAUCGCAUCAAGAGUGAAAAACAAGACCUUCAUGCAGUGAAAGAGGCUUUCGACAAGCUUCAUCAGGAACACACCGAACUGUCCUCACAGGCCCAAGUGCAGGCUCAGCACAUACACGAUUUGGAGAUGAGAGACAGCAGUCAGAGUGUCAGUGUUUCUACUCAGGUCUCCCCCUCUUUACUGGAGGAAGUUGGAAGAGAGGAAACUCUUAAUGAAGCUAUCUCCAGCUCUGAGCUGCCUAGCUUUGGCAGUCUGCAGAACUUGGCCUCCACUCAGAGCAGAAACCCAGACUGUCUGGAGGACACAGGAGCUGUGACUAAGCCAGUUGACACUGGAGCAACUGGAGAGUCAACUGUACUAAGCCCCAGCCACAGGUCUAUUGAUGGAUCUGUACUGAGCAAAGAAAAGUGUGAUGAAGAUAAUGGAGGAAUGAGCGAGAAAGAACAAGGAUGGACAGAUUAUGUGAAACAAGUUGAUAACAACAGAGAAGAAGGGGAAAUAAAUGAGGAGCAGCAGUGGAAGACAGAAGAAGUACAAGAAGAAGAUGUGACAGAAGAAGGAGGUGCUAGGAAAAAGAGAGGAAUGGUCAUAGCCCAAACAACCGAUAGUGACAGACGAGAUGAUAGCCAGGGGUCAACAGAAGAUGCAGCGGACCCCAAACAGCCUGAAACAGAAACAAAAGAUAGAGCAGACAGAGAGGGGACACAUGGAAUGGAGGGGAGAGGAAAGACAGAGCUACACACAGCAGAAACCCAGAUACCGGACCAGACAACGUAUCAGACAGAGGAGAGCGACACACAGCAGGCCAUUGACUUCAUGGACACUGAGCAACCGCUGGCUGCCCGAGAGCCUUCGCAAAGUCUCUUUCAGGAAGUCACAGAGGAGGAUGCUGACUCCAGCCUCAUGAGCAACGCAUAUCAGACUAGUGGAGACGUACAUACCUCCUGUUGUGAUGAAAGUGUCGAUCAUGGGCUGAACUCUUUCAUUAAAGAAGUGCAGCACCUCAGUCAGGAUGACGUCCAAACCUUUGCUGAGUCAGUUACUCAGCUGCCACGUCCAAGUCACCAAGAUUUUGAGAAAAUCUCAGAGAAGAAACCAUUAAACAAAUCAGCAGCCAGUAUAUCUUCUGAACUUUCUGGGACUCUGAAUCAGUCAGUUGUUUGUAGCUCACACACAAACACGGCACCAUUAGCUGCUCAGUCCGAUGAUACUGUCCAGGAAAUAGAGACAACACUAACACAACCUAUAAAUCCUUCUGAACUUACCAGCAACAUGAAGCAAAAAGAUGAGAUGUGUGAUACUCAUGUAAAUGAGGAAUGUGUGUCAGUGAUGGUUGCACCUCAAACAUUACCUCAAAGUCAGGAGCAGAGUGGACAGCUGAAGUGUCUGGUAACCAAUGAUGAUGAUGAUAGUGACUCUAGUGCAUAUGAGAAGAGAGAAAACCAGUCAAAAGAAAGCCAAAUGCAAGAAAACGAUGCCUGUGAGACUGUCCAGGAAUCUCUGGAAAAACCCAUUUUAAAGGAUGUCUGUGCUGAUAUCCUGAUGGAUACUGUGGAGCCUGAAUCUUGGGCUGAGAUUGGCAGCUGUCAAGAGCACAUGAAAAAUGAGACAACAGAAGACGCAAGAUAUCCUAAGACGACUGAUUUGAAGCCGCCUGUCCAUCCAAGUCCCAAGAGUGAUGCUCCACAAGGGACUUGCUCUGAGCAGUCUCCAGCAGGAGAAAUGCUACUUGAUGGUACUGAUGAGUUACCUCUGCCCAGCGUUAAGACUCACAGGUCAUCAUUUGACUGGGGCAGUGCUCAGAGAGAAGUGGAAAGCUCCAGAACUAAGUCAGAUGUCUCCAUCCUUAAUCAGUUUGUUCAGGUAUUACAUUUAAUAAAUGCUAUUAUUACUAUUCAGGGUUCUUCAAAAUAGCUUUAAAGGCACAUUUAUUUUGCCCUUGUGUUUUUUCAGAGAUCCCCUUUGCCUGAGAAAAACUUGAGUGGUGCCGUUGGACCCCUCAGACAUCCUCCCAGCACAAUACCCACGUUCUUCACAAGCAAGCAACACAAAGUCCCCUUGGUGAUUACCAGGGCCUCGGAUCUGCUGAAUGCCUCCAGUGUCUCUGGGAACGCAGCUUCCUCAAGGAGACACCAGCAGAGAGAGUGGAUGGCUCUGGGAGAAAUGGCAACAGCAGACACGGAGACCAGAGCUUCUCCGUCCAUCACUUCGUUUCCAGUCUCCACAUCUAUCACAGCAAGCAGAAUGUCGUGGCAAACCACCCCAGGGUGCAGCAGAGCUCCAACCUCAGCUGCAGGUUCUAGUUCAGAGUUAGACUGGGAACUCUCUUGCUCCCAGGAUAGGGAAGACCAACAGUCAUCAUUCAGAGUCCAGAUCUCCAAAAUUGAACAGUUCCUUAACACAGAAAGGCUCCGUCUGGCCAAAAGACGAAGAACUGACAACUAA